UUCGCACCAUCGGACGUACAUAAAACCGAGGCGAAACCAAGAACCCCAAAGCCGCCAAACACUCGAUAAUGCCGCAUUCCAAGCUCCACUUGCCUGCGGUGGUUGGCCUCUUCUUGUUGCUGACCUUUGGCACCACCACCCCCACCACUGCCCUUCCAACCGACACGCUGAAUAACAAAACAAUUGUGGUGCACACUCCGCUCCAGAACUAUGAUCAGCCCACUAUCAGGGACUACGAGGAAUGCCAGGCGAACAGGGAUCAGUGUCUGAGUGUGUGUGACGAUGAUGUUUCCUGUAUUGAGGAGUGUCCUGUGUGCCCGGAACUGUACGAGAAGCCACUAAUGGUGCAGGGCGUAAAUGAUACGGAUGUGGUGGCACCACCACAGACCCCCAUGAACACCACCAACAUUAUUAGGCUGACGAACGAGAUCAACAACAUCAUUGAGCAUCAAAUCCAAAACCGUAACCAGGUCAAUGUCCAGGUGCAGCAGAAUGUCUCCCAGGUUGGCGGACGCUUCGGAUUGGGCUACAGUGAUCAGGGUUCCUGCUGCUAUGUGGUCCGCCAGGAUCGGGAGUGUGAGAAGAAGGGUUCGGAGGGAUGUCGCGAGAAAAGCCGCCAGCGGGUCUGCGGAGAAAGGUGCCAGGCGAGGGUGAUGCUGGCCAAGUUGGUAGUCCAAUGCGAUGCUGAGAACCCUGACAACUGCCACGAGACCAUCGAGUAUGUGCCCAGGCGGAGGAGAGUCCACCCGAGAAGGCAAAACCAACCAUGCCAGUACCUCGGCAACAAUUGGCCCUACUUCACAUGUGGCCAGGGCCAGGGACAAGGUCAAGAUCAGGAGCCUGCUGACACUCCCAGAGUGAAGCGUAGCACUUGCCAGCAGUGUCUCAAUAUGCCCUACGGAUACAUCCUGCAAAAUGGACUCCCACCUCAGUGUGCCGGCUGCUUCCAGGGAUUCGGAGCACCGAUGAUGCCCAUGUACAGUAUUCCGUACAUAUACAAUCCAUUUGUGCCAACUCCCCCUGGCUAUCCUGGCCACUACCCCGGAUAUAACAAUGGCAACCACAAUGGUAACCAGAAUGGAAAUGACAACGAUGUCACGGGAUCUGGAGAUGAUGGUUUUGUAGUCUGCGAUGAUGAUGAUAUAGAAAAAUGUCUAAAUGAUAAAUAUGGUUCACUGGAAAUGGCACCUGAGAAGCCCCAGGAGGAUCCGGACUAUAAUGUCGAAGCUCAGCGCCGCAGGAGACGGCAAAGUGGCCGUCACUUUGUGCGAUCGAUUUACAGCAAACGAAACCGCAAGGAUAACUAAUUUGAUUCCUGAUAUAUGUACAUACAUAUCUCCGAACUCUUAAGAUUUUCUGUGAAAUUAAAUUUAGAUACAUUUUACUAAACCAACAUUGAACUCGCCAUUUGUUUAUAGAACUAUUCCCAAUAAAGAACUAUCUUCAAGCGGUUUACGCCGCUUGAACUCCUCA